UGUGAAAUUGAACCUUUAGUAUGUGUCAGAUAAUUGCAAAAGAAAGAAAAAGUGCAUUCAAACGUGUAGCGGAGUUGAAAUCAAAGCGAAAGUGGAUAUAAGUGAUUGAAUUUUUUUGAAAGGCUCUUUGAAAAAACAUACAAAUAGGGAAAAUGGAAGGUAAGAGGUCAAACACUUUCAGUUCGUACGGUAGAGUCAACAGCAUGGAUACAACUGACGUAAGUGCAGACAUGGGCAGAAAAAUUGGCGAUAUCGCAAAAACAUUUAAAGAGUUAAAGCUUAAGAGAGCUAAUCAAUCGGCUGCCUUAGAAAUGAAAGCAGUGGACAAAUUAGAACCGAGACGCCUAAAAAGAGAACAAGAAAUAGAUCGCCAGCUUGAAGUAACUCAAAAAGCACAGUCAAUGAAUUUGUGUUUUCUUGUUGAUUGCACAGGAAGCAUGUCAUCGUACAUCAAAGGUGUUAAAGAAAAGAUUCAGGAAGCGGUGAACAAAUGUAAAAACAUGUUCCCUGGUUUUGAGUUUUCUGUUGCAUUCGUUGGUUAUCGUGAUCACGGCGAUGGUGAUGAUAGAAUUGUGUUUUUGGACUUUAGAGAGUCAAUAUCAGAGUUUGAAACGUUCGUGAAAGCUAUCGUUGCUAAGGGGGGUGGUGGUGAUAGGGCAGAAGAUGUUUUUGGGGGCAUUGAACAGGUUACCAAACUAUCUUGGAGCAAACACACACGAAUUAUGUUGCAUAUAGCCGACGCUCCUUGCCAUGGAAACCGUUUUCACACAAUGAGCGUCCAGGAUAAUUAUCCUGAGGGUGAUCCACAUGGCUUAAAAGUAGAAGAUUUGCUAUCUAAAUUGCAGAAGAUGAACAUUCUGUAUUGGUUUGCUAAAAUUGGCGACAUAACUAAUGAAAUGAUAGAAGUUUUUCAAAGCCUCAUGAGCAUCGAUGAAAUCGAUUUGUCUUCCGCCGAUAAUCUCGCUAAAACUGUAGUGGGCUCAAUAUCAGUGUCCGUUGAAAUCAUGGAAAAAAAUGUUCCCAACCCAUCCCUUCCAGUUGUCGAAGAUAGAGAGUUCAAAAUAGAAGAAAGAAUUCCCAAUUGGUUCUCAAUUACUGCAAAAAAGGUUUUGGUAUCGAAGUUCGAAAUUCCCGACGAUUCAAACAACUUGCAAAAAGAGUUGAAACGUAGCACAGACGUAGAAAGUAACAUAAAGAUUGCUCCUAAUCCUUUCGCUCAAGGAAGGUCAUGCAUCGCUUUUUAUGGUAAAUAUGAACAGGACUACGGCAAACCUUUGUUGGUCCUAAAGCAGUUUAAAGACUUAAGCAAGAGUCAAAUAACGAGUUAUGUAGAGAAGAUGGAAAUUCGUUGUGUUGCAGUAGCUUUAGCGAAUAAAUUCAAUGCUAUCAAUCCAAAGUCAGUUGGCAAAGUUAAACUUAGCUUUGAUCAAUUAUCUGUUGCUACGGUUACUGAAUAUGCAAGAAAGAUUCAUUAUACGAUGGAACGUUACAUUCCUGGAAAAUACGUUAAAUUCAACAACAGUGCUGGUUUUGUCAAUGAAAAUGUGUACACAGCUACCCUGAGUGCAUUUAGUCACUGGACGUAUUGUGUUACGGAUGGAUAUCUGAUGGUUGUGGACCUUCAAGGCGUGAAAGACGAUACGCAGUACGUCUUAACGGAUCCCACAGUCCAUUGCGACGACGUCAUGAGGUUUGGUAAGAAUAAUCUUGGAAAGAAAGGAAUGGAUAAAUUUUUCCGUACCCACUUUUGCAACUUCAUUUGUGAAGCGAUGAACCUCAAGUCACACGAACUUCAGCCAUGAUACAAUUUACAUCAUCUCUUUUACAAGAUUGGCAACAUUUUCUAUUCUUGACAAUGGCAGUUACUUACGGUAUAUAAAGGGUAUAAAUUUUAGCCGGUAAUUUUAAAUUUGAAAUACUACUUCUGUAGGCCAUUGCUUGUGAAUUUCAAAAGAAUGAAAUAUAACCGAUCAAUGUGCUGUGGUAAUUUAUUUUGCCUAUAGCUAAAUCUUCCCUUGGUUACACAUAAAACCUUUAAAAUAAGUGAACUACUAUUGCAACGUUAAAUCAUAUUUUGGUCUGAAAGUGGCCAUGAACUUUGAGCUACAUACUCUUCAGCUGGCAUACAAUUAAAAACAUAAUUUUUGCACAAGAUAUAGUAUCUUCUAAUCUUUACAAUGACAGUUAUUCAUAGCACUUGUUAAAUGUAUAAAAUUGAAAAGUGAAAACAUCGCUUUGGCACGAGACACAAUAUUUAAUAAUCAUCUUUACAAUGACAGUUGCAAAUAAAACCUAUCAAAUACACAAA